CCUAUUUUGAACCUUAGAAAAAAAUCAAAUCGGUUCCCUAUUAUCGACUUUAUCAACCUAUCAAUCUAUCAACCUAUCAACUUAUCAACCUCAUUCCCAUAUCGCGCACGAUCACCGCCAUUUGUCCUCGAACUGUACCAUUCCCCAUACCUUCAAGCCAUACCUUUCAGAGCCGAACAUAGUUUGAAAGUCAACCGUCAUUUGUAACCUCAUUCAUCUCGACCAUGGUCAAGUAGCAUGCUGCAUGAAUCUGCAUUCACCCCAUCACCAUCGUCGUCGUUUGUCAUAGUUGGUACUUGAUAUAGCUUGGGCACAGUUGAAGGGUUUGGGUCCAGCAUCUUAACAAGAUGGAAUCUCAGAUCGAGAAUGCCAUCGAGAUUGCAUGGAAUCCUACCUCCGACCAAGCCCUGAAAAGCCAAGCCUUUGAUUACCUACACCAGUUGCGCACCGAUCCACAAGCAUGGCAAGUUUGUGUCAGCCUCUUCACUAGAACGCCGAGGUCCUCUGAGGUCGUCCGACUUGUCAGCCUCGAGAUAGUCAACAACGCCAUCCACGUACAAUCGCUCGAUACUGGGAGCUUGGUCGGGCUUAGAGAUGCCCUCCUGGAAUACGUGCGAUCUACCUAUGGCGCCAGCCAGCCUUCCCAGAUAGACUCUUCUAGCUUACAGAACAAACUCACUCAAACUCUCACCCUACUCUUCGUCUCUCUAUAUAAACAGGCUUGGGAGACAUUCAUCGACGAUUUCUUGGCUCUAACUAUUCUCCCAGGGAGUGGUCAGCGCGACAAUGUCGCAGGCGUUAUUCUCUACCUGCGCAUCCUCGGCUCCAUUCACGAUGAAGUUGCCGAUGUCCUGGUUGUGCGCCAGGACAAUCAGGCCCGGAGCCAUACGGAGCUGAAAGAUCUGAUGCGGGCACGCGACGUCGGGAAGGUAGCCCAGUCGUGGCAGGAUCUCCUUGCCCAGUACGGCAAUCAAAACGACGGCAUAGUUGAGAUGACCCUCAAGGUUAUCGGUAAAUGGGUUGGCUGGAUCGACAUAUCUCUUAUCAUCAACGAUGGUAUGUUGAGCUUGAUCCUCCCGCUAGUCGGCCGUACCAACAAGUCUGGCGGUGAGGACAAAGUCCGGGAUGCCGCCGUUGAGGCCUUCACCGAAAUCGUCGGCAAGAAGAUGCGUCCGGCUGACAAGACGGGAAUGAUUUCGUUCCUCGGCCUACAGAACAUCAUAUCCCAACUUAUCGCCAGUCCUCCUCUGAAUGAAUUCAAAGGAACCCCCCAAUACGACACCGAUCUAGCCGAAGCUGUCGCCAAAUUAGUCAAUACAGUUAUGGCCGAUAUCGUCCGGGUUUUAGAAGAUCGUUCAACUGAUGAUGCCACUAGAGCUAAAUCGAACCAGCUCCUUCACGAUUUCAUACCUCUCCUGCUACGAUUUUUCUCCGACGAAUAUGACGAGAUCUGUUCCACCGUUAUUCCCUCCUUAACUGACGUCUUAGCCUAUUUCCGCAAGCUCUCUGAGCUUCCCGCGUCCUUUUCCGAGACACUGCCUCCAAUCUUGAACGCCAUUAUCAUGAAGAUGCGGUACGACGAGACGUCGUCCUGGGGAAGCGAGGACGAGCAGACUGACGAGGCUGAGUUCCAAGAGCUGAGAAAGAGACUUCAGGUACUCCAGAAGACCGUAGCUGUUGUAGACCAGAAUCUCUACGUCGAAGUUCUGUCCAACCUCGUUGCGAAUACUUUCCAGACCUUAGACGAGCAAGGUUCCCAGAUGGAUUGGAGAGACGUUGACUUGGCUCUACAUGAGAUGUUUCUGUUUGGCGAGCUUGCGAUGCCCAAUCAGGGACUAGGAGCCAAGAACCAGGCCUCACCUGUUGCAUCGGAGAGGCUUGUGGCGAUGAUGACCAAGAUGGUCCAAUCCGGGAUCGCAAAUUUCCCGCACCCGGCGAUUCUGUUGCACUACAUGGAGAUCUGCGUCCGUUACUGUGCCUUUUUUGAGAGCCAAAGUGCCCUGAUAGGCCAAGUUCUCGAGAAUUUUGUACGCCUUGUCCAUCAUGAACACGUUAGGAUCCGGACGCGCUCGUGGUACCUCUUCCACCGCUUCGUAAAGCAUCUUAGGGCACAAGUAGGCAAUGUAGCCGAGACCGUCAUCCAGUCGAUCGGGGAUCUUCUUCCUAUCCACGCGGAAGUGCCAGGUGAAGACGCUGACGACGAUAUGUCCUCCGAUCAAACGGAUAAUUCGGCAGAUGCCGUUUUCGCCAGCCAGCUUUACCUAUUCGAGGCCAUUGGAUGUAUUUCAUCCACGGCUGCAACCCCCAUCGAAAAGCAAGCUCUAUAUGCUCGCUCUGUCAUGGAUCCUUUAUUUGCCGACAUGGAACGGCAUCUCCCUAGGGCCAGGGCUGGUGAUGCUCAAGCUAUACUUCAGAUCCAUCACAUCAUCAUGGCUUUGGGUACGUUAGCACACGGAUUUUCAGACUGGACACCUGGAGCGAACUCCGCAAAUCAGCGGCCACCUCCGGCAAAGGCGCUGUCCGACGAGUUUGCGCGGGCCGCUGAAGCUAUCUUAAUCGCGCUUAGCGAACUUAAUAACUCGUCAGAAAUUCGCACCGCCUGUAGGUCAGCUUUCUCGCGCCUGCUUGGCGUGUUGGGGUCUGCUGUUCUCCCACAGCUACCUCAGUGGAUUGACGGGCUCUUGUCUAGAAGCUCGUCAAAGGACGAAAUGGCCAUGUUCCUCCGCCUACUCGACCAGGUCGUAUACGGCUUCAAGGCGGAAAUCUACGAGGUCCUCAACCAAUUACUAACACCUUUACUGCAAAGAGUCUUCGGCGGACUUUCGGAACCAAUCAACGGAACUGACGACGAGAUUCAACUUGCCGAGCUCCGUCGUGAAUAUUUAACAUUCGUCGUUGUCAUUCUAAAUAACGAUCUCGCGGGAGUGCUCGUGUCGGAAGCAAACCAGGGUUUCUUCGAAUCACUCAUCAACUCCAUCCUCACAUUAGCUACGGAUAUCGGACCCAGCUCGGGAAAUCUUCCGGCUAGUCGCCUAUCGUUCGGGUUGCUUGCGAAGAUGGCCGCCGUCUGGGGCGGACCGGAUGUCGCCAACAUAUCGGCAACUCCAUCGGCCCCUUCCGGAUCCCCUUCGCCAGUCAUUCCCGGUUUCGACCAAUUCCUUAUUGAUAGAUUUCAUUCCGUUUGCUGGGAUGUCCUACGCGACCCUCAAUUUAACCCGUCUUUGGACGCCCAGGCUAGGCAAGUCCUCCACGAGAUCGCUGGGCUAGAGCAGGCCAUAUACCUCAAGACUGGAGAAAAGUUUUUACAGCACCUUCAGUCCACCCUCUUCCCCGGCCUCGGCACCGAUGGAAACGAUUUUCUACGGGCCAUGACAACGGCCACGGACAAGAAGUCGUUUUCUAAAUACCUGCAAGGUCUAUUAAAUAGUUCGAGAUAAACGACAUAAAGGGUAGAAGGAAAUGGUGGCGAAGAUAUGGCACUGCGACGGUAAUCUGCUGUAAUUGCAUACACGGGAGUUCGGUUCAACAAUACCAACCACGAUUUCGUUGACUAGGUACCUAUUGCCCGUAGAUGAACGUAAGAAUUGGUGUAAAGCCAUGGCAAGAUGUCAUCGGCAAGUGAAUAAAAAAAAAAAAAAAAGUGAGGCAAGACUCAGCUUGUCCUAUCCCGAAAUUGCCUUCUUGAUUUAUGCAUAGGUGAAAUAUAAAGAUGUAUCCCGUUUCGAGGUCCAAAUAGCCACCUAUCUAAACACUAUAGGUAGGUACCUAGUAGGUAUAUA